CAACAUUCAGACCAACAACAACCUCCUCCACCAUCUGCAAGACAGUCUGCUGAAGUUGUGAAGAAUUGAAAGAGAGAUCACUGUAACCAUGCUGAAAGAAGUAUUUGUGCUUGGAUGCCUCCUGAGCCUCGCUCUGGCUCAGCCUGUGGACAUGGAGCACAUACGACUUGCUCGGUCUAGCUCUGACUCUAACUCUGACUCAGGCUCUAAUUCUAAUGAGGGUGCCACCACAUCAAACAACCAGCCUACUGUUGAUCAGUGGCUGCAGAUCUUGAUUCGCAUCCUCAACCAACAAACUACGACUGCGGCUACAACCACGACUGCAGCUACAACCACGACUGCUGCUACAACUACUACAGCAGCUACAACUACUACAGCAGCUCCCACUACUACUGCAGCUGCCACUACUACAUGAGCUCAGCUUUGUGUCUAUCUUCACAGUUUGAUGAUGUCUUAACAGCAGUGUUUGCACAUUCAUCAUUAUUCAAUUAAU